AAUUGCUAACGGACUAAAAUGGGAAGUAGACGGCACGGUUUUCAACGUCAGUUUCCAUGGCACAGAUUCCGGCUACAGAAAUGGUUCACGAUGAAACGUAUGAUUGCCAUGUGUGGUUAACGCAGUACUCAACAGUCCGUGCCCUGGCUGCGCGAAAUAUACUCGUCGAUGAGAACAAACGAGCCUCAAUUGCCGCCUCGAUUGGUAUGCCACUACGCCCCUUCUUAAGGAGGCCUGUGAUAGCCAUAGGUGCGUCAGAGCCAGAGACUUUUGACAGCAAGAAAUAUCCCGACUUCUACGGGAGCAUGCCAUACCAGAGUUUCUCUGACUUACUAAAUUGUCAGUAUGAAAAGGGUGCAAGGACGUUGGCUAUCUUGAAUGAGGAUUCGAUCAUCUCCUCUGGACGUCUCGUCAAACGCAUCGACACCUAUCUGGAGAACAACCCCGACAAAGAAUGGGUGGUUAUCUUUAAUCAAACGGGCGCUCUACUGCCAUCCGUCCCAGACCCAGACACCACUCCAAACAGUACUAACGACAUUCAGGUCUCCAUGAACCCUGAUCGCAGCCAGUACGCAGCGUUUGUGGAGGAUAUAUACUCGGCCCAGGAUCUGGUAAACCCACAUGAUACAUCGCCGGAUGUGUUUAUCUUUACAUCCAGUGCUAUGGGUAACAUAACGCGCAGUCUGGAGUACUUGUCGGAAUCAAGAUUUGGUCCGGAUGUGUUCAUUAUCGGAGAGGUUGGUACAGCAGAUACAUACCUCACAGGGCUGGCAGCACAGUAA